UUUAAUUUGGCUCCAUAUAUUUUCUUCAUACAUGUUCUUCUGUAAAUUAUUGUUGAACAAGCAACACCCAACGAGCAAAAAUGGAGGUGUGCAGCCCGUCUCAGUUACACUAGUAUUUAAAGAUAACAAUUUCUGUCGGCAUAAGACGGAAAACCUGACUUUUUCCCCGACCAAUCCCGUAACCCCACAUCAGCAAAAAAGUACAAAUCUUGGGGGAAUCACUUGCUGGUAGUGGUUUGCUCUAACUUUGGGUUGAAUCCCCCAAGCCCAAGUUAACCCUUACAAGGCUUGGGAAAGUGGUUGGUUCAACACCAGGUUAGGAUGAUCCACCCUCCGUAAAUGGUGUGAUAUAUCCCAACUUUUUACUGUUUUGAUGAUGUGGUGUUACGGGAUUGGUCAGCAGAAAUGUUGGGUUUCCCAACUCUUGGGGAAAGAAUUAAUUCUCAUUGGAAAAGAAACAAUGUACCAUUCACUUAUCAUUGAACAGAGUUUCUCCAAACACACUAUAAAUAUGUCCACCUUCUAUUGAUCAAGGCCAAGUUUUUAAAAUCUAUAUAAACCCUCUCUUUCUUUCAGCACAUAAAUCACCUCUAAAUUAAUUCCCAGACAUUCGUGUUCCGUUUCCUCUCCAAUGGGGGAAACAUUUAGUCCAAUCCAUCCACCAACUUAUGGGAAUCUUAUUACAGUACUUAGCAUUGAUGGAGGAGGGAUUAGAGGAAUCAUACCCGGAGUUAUGCUCUCGUACCUAGAAUCACAACUUCAGGUGCUAGAUGGAGCAAAUGCAAGACUCGCAGAUUAUUUUGAUGUGGUCGCAGGAACAAGUACUGGUGGUCUAAUAGCAGCUAUGCUAACUGCACCAAAUAGUGAUAAACGACCUUUAUAUGCUGCAAAAGAAAUAGUACCCUUUUAUCUUCACAAUGCUCCAAAAAUUUUCCCCCAAACAGAGGGACCUUAUGCUUGGAUUAUAAAUUUUCUCACACUUUUAAUUGGACCUAAAUAUGAUGGGGAUUAUCUCCAUAACCUGAUUAACGACAUAUUGGGAAAGACAAGGUUGCACCAGGCCUUGACAAACAUUAUUAUUCCAACUUUCGACAUCAAGAAUCUGCAGCCAACUAUCUUUAGCUCUUAUCAGGUGACAAGCAAUCCUGUAAUUGAUUGUGCGCUAUCAGAUAUAUGCAUAAGCUCCUCAGCAGCACCAACUUAUCUUCCUGCACAUUAUUUUACAAACACUGACGAACUUGGGAAUCUCAUAGAAUUUAACUUGAUCGAUGGUGGUGUGGCUGCCAAUGACCCGGCUCUGGUUGCCAUUAGUGAAGUGACCAAACAAGAGUUCAAUGAAAAUCCAGACUUUUAUCCAAUAAAGCCCUUGGAUUAUCGUCGGUUUCUUGUGAUUUCACUAGGGACGGGCUCGAACAAGAAAGAGCACAAGUACAAUGCAAACUUGGCUGCCAAUUGGGGUCUUUUGGAUUGGUUUUUUGAUAAUUGGUCUCCUCCUUUGGUGAAUAUUUUCACUCAGGCAAGUUCAGAUAUGGUUGAUUACCACAUAUCUGUGGUCUUUCAAGCUCUUUGUUCAGAAGAUAAUUACCUCAGAAUCCAAGAUGAGACGUUAAGCGGAACACUAGCAUCAGUUGAUGUAGCUACAACAGAGAACUUGGGAAAACUUGUGGAAUUUGGUGAGAAAUUGUUGAAGAAACCAGUUUCAAGGGUGAACUUGGACACUGGUCUCUACCAAACGGUUGCAGACGGUGGCACCAAUGAAGAUGCCCUCAAAAGGUUUGCGAAAAUACUUUCAGAUGAAAGGAAGUUGAGGGAGUCAAACUUCCAGAAGAAGGAUAAACCCCACAUGAGCGUUUCCAGAAAGUAAUACUCCUACGAAUUAAAGUCAUAUGUCUCCUUGUGUGUUGUAAGCAAAUUAAGCCUAAGAAAUUUCUUGUUUUAUAAACUCUUCUACUUGCUCUAUCAAUCUUUCCUUCUUUGUGAUUGUA